AUGCUCGCCGUCCAGAAUGCUGUGGCUGACCUCGGGCAUCUCUCUGAGCGGUCUCCGUUGUCUAUAGUUGAUCAUAAUGGCAACGCCGAUGAUAUCGAAGCCGACGAUAUCAAAGACCGACUGCGACAUCUCUGGGCUGAGGUUCUCCAAGACGAUCCCGAGAGCUUCUUUGACGAAGAUGUCUUCUUCGAUGUUGGAGGAGACUCAGUCCGCAGCCAGAUGCUUAUCAGUGCGGCCGAGAAGCAGGGAAUUCAUUUGACGAUAGAGCAGAUCUUCAUGAACGCAUCACUGGAAGAAAUGGCGAGCGUGGCUCAGAUAGUGGAAGUCAGAGAAGACGAUAUUGAUUACGGCCUCGAGCCUUUUGCCCUCAUGCGAGGUUCUGGGGCCCUGGAGCAGACCCUCAACGAGGUCGCCGCCAAGUGCGACGUACAACCGGAGGAAAUUGAGAACGUGUACCCCUGUAGCCCGAUGCAGGAAGCCCUCGUUGCCGAGUUUGAUGGCAGCACAAAUCCAUAUGUCCGACAGUUUGUCUUUCGACUCGCCGACGACCUGGAGGUGCACAAGUUACAGCAAGCGUGGGAGUAUACGAUACGAGAAAACCCGGUCCUUCGCACCCGUAUCUGCAGCAUUCCUGAUACAAGAGGCUAUGUGCAGGUGGUCCUUGACGAGGUACCCGCAUGGAAUUCCGUUGAGCUGAGUCUUGCUACCUUUCUGGGAGAAGAUGCAGGGCUCCCCAUGGCCCCUGGAGGUCGCUUCUUUCGCUAUACUGUCGUGAAUGAUGAGGGCAAGAGGUAUUUUGUCUGGACUGCCCACCACGCAUUGUGUGACGGUGCGUCUAUCCCUGAGGUGCUGGAGGAAGUGGCGAUUCGAUUCCAGGCGACAGGUACAUCUUUCGCAACUCGCGUCCCUUUCGCAAGAUUCAUCCAGUCAGUCGUUGCACCAGACCAGGGACAGAUACAAAAACAAGAGGAAUUCUGGAGGCAGUCCCUAGGAGACCUCAACCCGACUCCAUUCCCUUCUUUACCCCAGCAGCCAGACUUCCAGGUGAACCCGUCAGCAGUGACUGAGCAUUUGCUACAUCUCCCACAAGAGCAAGCGCCCCUAGGCCUAACCAAAGCUCUUCUCCUGCGAGCUGCGUGGGGAAUCCUCCUUUCGCACUACACCGGCACACAGGAUAUCGUCUUUGGGGCAAUCAACAGUGGCCGCACAGCUCCAGUGCCAGGAGUAGGCAGGAUGACAGGCCCUACAAUUAAUCUUGUGCCCAUCGCUUUAAGUAUCGACCCGCAGCAGUCCGUCGCCAGGUUCCUGUCUGCUGUCCGCUCAUUUUCCGGCGAGAUGAUACCAUUUGAACACAUCGGUAUUUCGAAGAUCCGACAGGCUCUCGCCGAUAGAGCGUGGACGGGCGUGGACUUUCAAACAUUGCUUGUCGUACAUCCCAUGGAAUUCGCCGACGCAAUUGCACCGUCCAUGCAGGUGCUGGGACUUGAAUAUGUGGAUGAGCUGGGCAAGAAAGAGCAUCACCCUUACCCACUCAUAAUAACUUGUACUCCUGCUUCGGAGACAACCGUUAAAAUGACAAUCCAGCACGACGAACGUGUAGUGUCAGCUAUCCAGGCCCGAAACCUCAGUCACCAGUUCCAGGCUGUGCUCACGCAGUUGACGGAGAGUGCGAGAGACUCGACGAUUGGAUCUAUCUCUCCGUUAAGCAAUCACGAUCUCGCCCAGAUACACAAGUGGAAUAAACUCACACCCCCGCCAGAGGAGACGUGCAUACAUUAUCUGUUUGACCGACAGCUAAAGGCCCAACCCGAGGCCAUUGCUGUCUCAUCGCUCGAGCGCGAUCUUACCUAUACGGAGGUAGAGAGGUACUCCAACAUGAUAGCCAUCCAAUUAUUAGAUAUCGGGGUGCAGCCGGGCAUGUUCAUUGGUGUAUGCUUCGAGAAGUCCCUCUGGACUGUCGUGGCUAUUCUCGCCGUGUUCAAGGCUGGGGGUGUCUACGUCCCUAUAGAACCGACGCAUCCACGCGACCGGAUUGCUGAAGUUAUCAAAACCGCGGAGAUAAACGUCAGUCUUGCCUCAGCUACUGGCUCGGCAGCACUGAAAGGUCUUUGUGAUACAAUUGUAACAGUGGACGGGAACUUUCCAGAGUCCGCUGAAGGCGCGGGAGUGCCCCCGGGUCUGUCCCAGCCAUUUAGCCUGGCAUAUCUGCUAUUCACUUCAGGAAGCACUGGCAAACCAAAGGGCAUUCUCAUGUCACACCAGGCGAUUUGCGCGUCAAUCCUGCACCAUGGAAAGUCAUUCGGGGCCGGUCCUCACUGGCGCACGCUGCAAUUCGGCGCACACACAUUCGAUCUCUCAAUUGGGGAGUUCUUCACCACUUUGGCAUUUGGCGGCUGUAUCUGUGCACCCUCCGAAGAAGACCGUCUGAAUAACCUCCCUGGAGCUAUCUCUUCACUAAAUGCGAACACCCUGCUGGUUGUUCCGACCGUCGCGAAUCUGUUAUACCCCCACGACGUCCCCACGUUGAAGACAAUCGUCCUCGCCGGGGAGCCCAUCACGAAAGAGACGAUCGUGCGAUGGGCCGACCAUGUCGAGUUGACUGCUGCGUACGGCCCAUCCGAGACUGCCGUCUACUGUUCCGGUAACCUGCGUGUUUCCCCAGACGCUGACCCAACUCAUAUUGGGUUUGCGAUUGGCGCAACGAUGUGGAUUGCGAAUCCGGAAAAUUAUCACCAGCUGUGCGCUAUUGGUUGUGUAGGCGAGAUACUCAUUUCUGGGCCUUUGUUGGGGAGUGGGUAUAUUGGGGAUAAGCAACAGACUGAUGCUGCCUGGGUCCCAGCGCCAGAAUGGCUGAAACAACUCAGCUCGAGUCCGUAUCAGACGCUGUAUCGGUCUGGGGAUCUGGCGAGAUAUAACGAAGAUGGGACAUUUCGGAUUGUCGGGCGUCGGGAUACGCAGGUCAAGCUGCGUGGGUAUCGAAUCGAGCUUGGGGAGAUUGAGAACCAGAUCAUGGCGUCCGGUCUGGUGGCGAGUACGUUGGCUGCACUUCCAGCGCAGGGUCCAUGUCGCCGUCAGAUUGUGGCUGUUCUGAGCUUCAAUCGAUCUGGUCUUGGGAAUGGUUCUGCUGGGCCUCAGGAUCGAUUCGCGAUAGCCAGGGAUAGACAUUCCCCUGAGACUGUUGGUAAACUAGAGGAGUUGAAGCAGCGUCUUGAGCUUGCUCUUCCGGAGUACAUGGUUCCCACUGUCUGGGCUUUACUGGAGGAAUUGCCCCUUUUGAUAUCGGGGAAGAUUGAUCGCAAGGCCAUCAAGGGCUGGGUCAAUGAUAUGGACGACGCCACGUUUAUGGAUAUAGUGGAAGACCAGCAGACCGAUGGGGACUACCGAAAAAGUGAGAUUAUUGAAGGAUCUUUGGCAGACACACUCCGAAACCUCUGGUGUAGAGCCCUCCAGAAGCCAACUGAGCAAGUCAAUAUACGCACCUCGUUCUUCGCUAUCGGGGGCGACUCCAUUGCUGCCAUUGAAGUUGUCUCACAGGCGAAGAGGCUAGGGCUGCCUGUCACCGUUCGAGGUAUAAUUAACGCCAAAACGCUGGGAAACCUGGUGUCUCUGGUCGAGCAGCAGCUCAGUAAGGAAGUUAGUACUGCGUCGCCAGCACAACCCGGGCAGAGAUAUCCGUCUGCGAGCGACAUAUUAGCACCAUACGAUAGCCUUCUUCAGGCACGUCUCCGUUACCAUCCCUCUGUGACAGUUCAAGACGCCUACUACUUUGCGCCAAUGCAGCGUGAGAUCCACCGACAGCGCCAGGUAAAUCCCGCUGUCUUCCUCUUGUCGUGGCAGAUGGAGAUUGCCCCACAGGAAGGCCAGACGAAGUUAUCGUUGGAACGACUAGCUCGAUCAUGGAGAAAGGUGGUCCAGAGACUCCCAAUACUGAGGAGUAUCUUCCUGGUCGACCCGUCAGGCCAACUGUCGCCUGUCCAGGUCGUGCUACAAAAUGCCGAGCCAGAGAUCGCGACUGUUUCAAUAUCUUCCGAGGUAGCCCUAAGAGCAGAGCUAGCAUUUGAGUCCCUGGGUAUACCUCUAGUCGAUGAGUGCUUCCUGCCACACCGAAUGCUGCUUUCUCAGCGAGGAGACCGGUUCUUCAUUCACAUCGAGCUGGACCACCUAGUCAUUGACGGGUGGUCUCUAAGAGUCAUCAAAGAAGCCUUGCUGGAAGCCUAUGAGACAGAUGAUCAGGAAUACACUCCCAAGCUAGCACCAUCAUACAAGGACUUCGUGAUAGCGCAAACCCAUCCAGACCGAGCGAGCCAGGAUACCUCGUACUGGACAGAGAAUCUGCGCGACCAGCCCCCCACUCUACUCUCUUUCCCGGUAUCUCGACCGGUGCCGCACUUCAGCAAGCAGAAGACGAUCUUCUACCUACCUGAGAUCCCUGCUGCUGCGUUGACGUCGUUUAGUGUUGCCCAUGGCAUUACGGCGGCUAGUAUCUUCGACGCGGCGUGGGCGCAGACGCUGAGUCUCUACACGCAGAAAUCGGAUGUUGGGUUCGAAUAUGUUGUGUCUGGUCGUGAUGAGAAUGUUCCGGGCGUGUUCAGCAUGGUUGGUCCUCUGAUUAAUGUCCUGGCAUAUCAUCUACAAGGGGUUGAGGCAGAGGAGGGCACAACCGAGGAGGACUUGGCGGUACUGGCGAAACGGAUGCAGGAUCAACGGGCGCAGGACAGUAUGCAUUCUGCGGUUAAUAUCAGAGAGGUGGUGGAUGAGGUACACGGUGGGAAGAAGUUGUUUAACACGGCGGUUAACUUCCAGCGGCGUCCUACUGCCGUUGAGUCGGAGGCGUUAUGGGUUGAUGAUGAUAUUAGGAAGUCGAAUGACCCGUGGCAUUUUGAUAUCCUUGUUCGCGUUAUGCACAUCACAGACGACAACACCUUCCGGUCGUCUUUCGAGUUCGAUGCGCUGCAUUUCGAGGAAGGGCGGAUUCAGGAAGUUGCGAAUCACUUUUGGCAGAGAGUGGAGAAGACAUUCUCGGGUGAAAAAUCGGAGUAA